AUGGAUAUGACAAAGCCUGUGGGCUCGGAAAUCACUUAUGUUGACUUCAGUGUUCUCACAACUGGGGAAAUAAGAAAGCUUUCAGCAAAGCAAAUCACAAAUCCGUCAGCCUUUGAUAGUUUGGGACAUCCAGUUCCUGGUGGUUUGUACGAUCUUGCGUUAGGUGCUUUUUUUCGUAAUAACUGUGCUACAUGCGGAUUGUCUGAGAGGAUUUGUCCGGGUCAUCAAGGUCAUAUUGAAUUACCUGUUCCCGUCUAUAACCCUAUGUUCUUUAGCAGGCUUUUUCUCCUUUCUCGUGGCUCAUGUAUUUACUGCCAUCAUUUUAAGAUAAGAUCUAUCAAGUUGCAUGCAUACGAAUGUAAACUUCGUUUAAUUCAGUACGGCUUGAUUUUAGAAGCUUCUCAGAUAGAUAAGCUGCAGGUUGACACUGAUGGAGACGACGAAGCCGUUGAAUAUAAUAAAAAAAGUCACGAGGCUCACAAGCUACCAGUUUCUCCGGCCGAAUCUAACCUACUUCAGAAGAGAGAAUUGUUUGUUUAUGAAUCCAUCAAUGCCGCUUUAAAGGAUGGUCGUACCAGUAAGGGAGGUGUGUACACGGGUGCUAUUCUUCAGGCUCGUAAGCAACUCAUCAAAGAGAUAGAUAAGGAACUUGUUGCCAAAUCUCGUUGUGAGAAUUGUGGAAUGCAUUCACCCAAAUUACGUAACGAUGGCUACUCUAAGAUCUUCGCUAAUGCUCUUUCUCCUAAGGAAAGAGAUGCUAACAGUACCAACAUGUCUUUAUCUGGCAAUAUUCUUGAGGGUGAGACUAGCGACACCGUCGAGAUUGCCUCUGGAAAGGGUUCUCGUUAUAUCCUUUCCACUGAGAUCCUUGGCUUAUUGAAAGCUGUUUUUACUGUUGAGCAGCCUCUUGUGAAAUGUCUGUUUCACUCGAGGCCCGAUACUCCGAAGUUGGUUUCUGCUGAUAUGUUCUUUUUACAUGUCUUGGUUGUCCCGCCUACGAGAUUCCGUAUGCCUCAAAGGCUGGGUGACGAGGUGCACGAAAACACACAGAAUGAGCUUCUUUCCAAGGUUCUUACCACUAGUCUUUUGAUUAAAGAUUUGAAUGAGCAGUUCCUUGGAUUGCAGAAAGAUAUCACCGGAGAAGAAGAGAAAAAAUUGAUUUUCAAUAGAUUGAUGAAUGCUUUUGUUACUCUUCAAAACGAUGUCAAUGGAUUUAUUGAUUCUAGUAAAAAUCAGAAUGCCGGUCCCUCGCAGACCCUCUUACCGGGUAUCAAGCAGGCCUUGGAGAAGAAAGAGGGGCUAUUCCGUAAGCAUAUAAUGGGAAAACGUGUUAAUUUUGCCGCCCGGUCUGUUAUUUCACCAGAUCCUAUGAUCGAGACGAACGAGAUCGGUUUGCCCCCUGUGUUUGCUACGAAAUUGACUUUUCCAGAACCUGUUACUUGUUAUAAUGUUGCUGAGAUGAGACAGUGCGUUAUCAAUGGACCGGACAAAUGGCCGGGAGCCACUGAGGUGCGCGAUGAGAAUGGCACCAUCAGUUUGGUUGGUAUGAACGAAGAGCAGAGGCAGGCCGUUGCCAAGCAGUUACUCACACCCUCAGGGGAAGGUAAUGGUGUUGUGAACAAGCAAGUGCUUAGACAUAUUAGAAAUGGCGAUGUUGUUAUUAUGAAUCGUCAACCUACUCUUCAUAAGGCCUCCAUGAUGGGUCAUAGAGUUAGGGUUUUGCCGAAUGAAAAGACUCUUCGUAUUCAUUACGCGAAUGGUGGUCCUUACAACUGUGACUAUGAUGGUGAUGAAAUGAACUUGCACUUUCCGCAAGGUGAAUUGGCACGUGCAGAAGCCUACAAUUUAGCUAAUACAGAUUCACAAUACCUUACUCCUACUUCUGGUUCCCCUGUUCGUGGUUUGAUUCAGGAUCAUCUUUCCACUGGUGUAUGGUUGACUAAUAAAGAGACCUUCUUCACCAGAGAAAAAUAUCAAGAACUUGUGUACGGAUGUCUCAGACCUGAGCAUAAUGGACAUGGGUUUGGCUCCGGUUCUUGGAGAGUGAAGACACUACCACCUACAAUCUUCAAGCCCGUUCAAUUGUGGUCUGGUAAGCAAGUGAUAUCUUCUGUCUUGCUUAACAUCAGACCUGCCCACCUUCCUGGAGUUAAUUUAGAGUCCAAGAACAAAAUCAAGAACGAGUAUUGGGGAGAAGGAUCCCACGAAAAUGAAGUCAUUUUCAAGAACGGCCAAUUAAUUUGCGGAAUUCUUGAUAAAUCUCAGUAUGGUUCCUCUAAGUACGGUAUUAUUCACGCCAUUCACGAGGCAUACGGCCCAGAUACAGCUCAGAGAGCGUUAUCCUCCUUAGGAAGAUUGCUCACCAACUACGAGCAGUGGAUUGCAUUUACCUGUGGUAUGGAUGACUUAGAGUUGACCACUUCGGGAAAUACUGAUAGGGAUAGAAUAUUGUCUAAAGCCAAAGAGGUUGGUCGUAAAGCUGCUGCUGAUGUUACCAACUUAGAUGAAGAUAUUCCGGUGACCAACCCCGAGUUUCACAAACGACUUGAAGAGGUGUUGAGAGAUGAUGAAAAACAUGCCAUUUUGGAUGCUGUUACUAUGUCCAAAGUCAACGCUAUCACUACCGAGGUGGUGGAGUCUUGCGUCCCCGCAGGCACUGUGAAGAAGUUUCCACAGAAUUCUAUGCAGGCGAUGGCAUUAUCUGGUGCUAAAGGUUCUAACGUUAAUGUGUCGCAAAUUAUGUGUUUGUUAGGACAGCAGGCUUUGGAGGGUCAGCGAACUCCAGUCAUGGUUUCAGGUAAAACAUUACCUUGUUUCAAACCUUUCGACACCGAUGCUAGAGCUGGUGGUUAUAUCAAGAACCGUUUCUUUUCUGGAAUCAGACCCCAGGAGUACUACUUCCAUUGUAUGGCAGGUCGUGAAGGUUUAAUUGAUACUGCUGUGAAGACUGCCAACUCUGGUUACUUGCAACGUUGCUUGACUAAACAGUUAGAAGGUGUUCAUGUUGGUUACGAUAACACUGUCAGAAACGCAGACGGAAGCCUUAUAGAGUUCUUGUAUGGUGGCGAUGCUGUGGACGUAGUCAAGGAGUCCUACUUAUUUAAGUUCAACUUCUUUUACGAGAAUUAUCAGGCUUUAUUGCAGAAGUACAGUCCAUCUAAUAUUGACAACUUGGACUCCGAAACUGCCGUUCAUUACUCCAAGAAGUUCCGUAAAGAACUGAAGAGGCAGGCGGAUGUUCCUGCAUGGAAACAGUCAUAUGAUCAUGAUCCUACAGUCUCCCUGUUCAACCCAUCGAGAUAUUUGGGUUCUGUUUCUACACGUUUUGAGGAGGAAUUGGACAAAUUCAUUGAGCAGAAUAAAUCUCUGUUCAAGAAGCAUUCUGAAACUGGCGUCUCAUCUAAGAAAUUCAAAGCUCUUAUGCAACUCAAGUAUAUGAGAUCUCUUAUAGAUCCUGGUGAAGCAGUUGGUAUUAUUGCAUCUCAGUCCAUUGGUGAGCCGUCCACUCAAAUGACUUUAAAUACCUUCCACUUUGCCGGACAUGGUGCUGCCAAUGUCACUUUGGGUAUUCCACGUCUUCGUGAGAUUGUCAUGACCGCUUCUUCUUCGAUUAAAACUCCGCAAAUGACUCUGCCAUUGUUGACUGACGUUGAUGAACCUGCCGCUGAUGCUUUCUGCAAAACAAUCUCCAGACUUACGCUUUCCGCGUUUAUUGACGAUGUCACGGUUACUGAAAUUACUGCCGAUCCUAAUCAACCAGAGUCGAGACGUUCUUAUGAAAUCCGUUUGAAGUUCUUUGAUUCCAAAGACUACAAGGAAGAGUAUGAUCUCACGAAGGAGGAGUUGGAAAUCGUUGUUUCCGACGAGUUCCUUGCAAUGCUCGAGAGUGAAAUUGUUAAGGAGAUUAGAAAACAGAAGAAAGUUGUUGAGGAGUUACAGGAUAUUGGACAUGCUGUGGAGUCUAAAAGUGACGAGGUCGACGGUGCUCCAUUGGGUUCACUUGAUGAUGAUUACUCUGCACAGAAAGAAAAGAGUAAAUCGAAGCAGUCUGCAUCUUAUGAUGGUCCAGAUGAUGAUGAACUAGAGGCUAUCCGUAAGGCAGAGAAAAGCGAUAGUGAUACUGGCGCCGAUAGCAGUAUUGAUAUCAGCAGUGAUGAAGAUGAUGAUAUGCAAGAUGACGAUGACGAGCCUAUUGAUGUUUCAAAGAAAACGCAGCUCAAAGGCAAUUCUCACCUAGAUAUGUCAAAGGAAGCAAUCAAGCGUGAACUUAAGGUUAUUGACAGUCAUGAAUUUAUCUCAGAGUUCAACUUUGACGACGACUCUGGCAAAUGGUGCCAGUUCAAGCUUGAACUUUCCGGAGAUACAGAGAAGUUGCUUAUGGUGAACAUUGUUGAGGAAAUGUGUAAGAAGUGUGUGGUUCGGAGUGUUGCUCAUAUUGAUCGAUGCUUGCACGAGGAAGGAUCAAGAGAUUUGGUCACAGAAGGUGUUAAUUUCCAAGCUAUGUGGGAGCAUGACUCGUUCAUCGAUGUUAAUGCCAUUCGUUCUAAUGAUAUCGCCGCCGUUCUUCAUGUCUACGGUGUGGAAGCAGCAAGAAACACUAUUGUUAAUGAAGUCAUAAACGUGUUUGGCCGUUAUGCCAUUGAGGUCUCUUCAAGACAUUUGGACUUGAUUGCCGAUUACAUGACCAGAGAUGGUAGUUAUUUGGCAUUCAAUAGGCAAGGUAUUGACUCUUGUACCUCUGACUUUAUGAAGAUGUCUUACGAAACGACCUGCCAAUUUCUUACGAAAGCCGUUCUCAAUGGAAAUAGAGAACAGCUUGAGUCUCCAUCUGCCCGACUUGUCAUCGGUAAAUUGAACAAGGUUGGUACCGGAAGCUUUGAUGUCUUGGCUAAGAUGCCCGUCAGAGCCAACUAA